CUUCUUUUGCUUGUUCGCGCAGUUCCCUAAGUGCGUGUUGUCCUCGGCCCGCUCGGCAUUCCCCACGUUCGGCCACUGACCCUUCCAGUUCUCCUAUCAGCUGCAGUGUAGAUAGAAAAUCAGGCGGCUGCCGUCAUAUCGAGAUUAGCGUGACGUGACGCCGUUUCACUUACAUCAUAAGAAGGUCGAUCAUUCUUAGAGGUUCCUGUUGUGUGCCGAAGUUUUGCAGGCUUCUGCUCCAGCGCACCACUAACAUUCGCUGUACAUACCAUUCCGCCCAUUUCGACUAAGGCUGUCAUUCAAUUCACUAGCGUAUCAAUCAAUCCGUUGAUCCUCUUAUCAGUCUCGUCCGUCAUUUUCAGUGGGGUACAACUCCAGCGAUCUACUCCACUGAAGGUUAUUCGUACCCUUUAGUAACUGACAUACUGUAACAACGUAGGUCAAAUAAAAUCUUCGCCCGAAGCUGUGACUCCUGUUCGCUAACUCCAGGAUACUAGUCGCAGCAUCCUCGUCUUAAUGGAGAUUCGCCUGUACAGUUCCCGCCAAUUUGCUAGGAGAUAAUUAUUAGCAGUUGGUAGAGUCGUUUCAUCAGCACCAAUCUCCCACCCGCCUUCAUCUUCGAAUCUCCUAGUCUUCCCCUACCCUAAUUUCCUAGACUUCUCCUCGAAUCACGUCAGAAAAGCGGCUUCUAGCAGAAAGGCAACUACCAGGCGCCAUGAACAGGUACAAGGUGAUGAAGCAGCUCGGAGACGGCACCUACGGGACCGUCUGGAAGGCGCUCAACCUGCACACUAACGAGAUCGUUGCGGUCAAGAAGAUGAAGCGAAAGUUUUACUCCUGGGACGAGUGCAUGAGCUUGCGAGAAGUCAAGUCCUUGCGCAAGCUGAACCACCCCAACAUAGUGCGACUUAAGGAGGUCAUUCGAGAGAACAACGAGCUCUUUUUUAUUUUCGAAUACAUGGAGUGCAAUCUCUACCACCUGAUGAAGGACAGAGAGACGUACUUUCAAGAGUCUACCAUCCGAAACUGGAUGUACCAGGUGCUUCUAGGGCUGGCUCACAUGCACAAGCAUGGGUAUUUCCACCGCGACCUCAAGCCAGAGAACCUUCUAGUGACCAAGGACCUAAUCAAGGUGGCUGAUUUCGGCCUCGCAAGGGAGAUCAAGUCUAGGCCUCCGUACACUGACUAUGUGUCAACCAGAUGGUACCGAGCGCCAGAGGUGCUACUCCAGUCGACCGUUUACAACGCCCCAAUAGACAUGUGGGCAAUAGGAGCAAUCAUGGCGGAACUAUUCUCCCUCGAGCCGCUCUUCCCUGGAGCAAGUGAGAUCGAUGAGAUUCUGAAGAUCUGCGCUGUGAUUGGCUCGCCAACCCCCAAGACAUGGCCGCAGGGCCUCCGCCUCGCAGCUUCCAUGAACUUUCGCUUCCCUGAGUAUUCGCCCAUCCCGCUCUCCCAAAUCAUGCCCAUAGCGUCAGACGAGGCAGUCGAUCUGGUGACGGCCCUCUGUGCCUGGGACCCUGCCAGGCGCCCCACGGCCGCGCAGGCGCUGCAGCAUCCCUUCUUCCUGAAGGGAGUGACCCUCCCCUACACGCCUAAGAAGCCCAAAUCCUCCUCCUCCGCCGCCACUGCUAACACGGGUCCCGUCGUGCCCAUCACCACGCCCUCCCAGCUCAACACCACCACCACCACCACCAGCAGCGCGCUUACCAGUGCCCUUGGGCUCUCUAACCCCAGUCAAGCCCUCCUGCAGCCUGUGCCCCGUGCUGUUGCCUCGCCCCUGCACCCAGCGUUGUUACCACAGGGUCAGGGGCAGGCGUAUGUGACUCCCGAGCAGCAGCUGCAGCAGCAGCAGCAGCAGCAGCAGCAGGGGGUUCCAGUUCCAAAACUGUACCAGCCACAGCCGCAGGUGCAGCAGCAGCAACAACAGCAGCACCAACAGCAACAGCAGCAGCAACACCAGCAGCAACCCCAGCUGCAGCAGCAACCGCACCAGCUGUUGAGUCCCACCACCCAGCUGAGUCCCAGGAUCCAACAGAGCCCGCAAGACAUGGAGCCUCUCAGCCCCCACAUGCUCCCCAGCCCACUCCACGCCCCUAUCAACCAAGGGCAAGCGCAGGCACAGGGGAUGGGGCAGGGAAUGGGGCAGGGGAUGGGGCAGGGGCAGGGAGUGGGGCAGGGGCAGGGAGUUGGGCAGGGGCAAAGGCAGGGGGGGCAGGUGCGUAAGUGGCACCAGCCGGGCCAGAAAACGCCUCCCCAUACACAGCAGCAACCGCUGCAGCAGGCAUUGCCACAGGUGGGGGGGUUGCAGCAAGCAGGGGGGUCGCAGGGUUAUUCCCAAGGCGUAUCAGGCGGAUAUGAGCAGGGAGGUAGUCAGAACGGUAGGGCAGGGCCUUUCCAGCAAGCACCAGGGUCUCCGCUUCACCUACAGUCACAGUCACAGGCACACUUGCAGGCACAAUCACACCUCCCCCAGCAGCCACCUCCACGCUCCCCUCUGCGCUCCCCCCUGCACUCGCCCCUGCACUCCCCCAUGCACCCUUCCUUGGGUGGGCAAGUAGGUGCGAGGGCCAUGCAAGGGCCACAAGCCACCCAGCAGUCGCAGCAGCAGUACGAGGGGCAGAUGUACCAGGGGCAACAAUAUCAUGGACAGUACCCUCCCCAGCAGCAGUACCAGCAACAGCAACAGCAGCAGCAGCAGCAGCAGUAUCAGCAGCAACAGCAGCAGCAGCAGCAGUAUCAACAGCAGCAAUAUCAGCAGCAGCAGUACCAGCAGCAACAGCAGUUUCAGCAGCACGAGCAAGGGUUCACAGAAAGGGCAGAUGGGGGAGGAGGAGGAGUGGGGGGGUAUGGAGACACAGGAGCCGACGCCGCAGCAGGAGGAGGAACAGGAGGAGGAGGGGGCAAGUCGGAAAAGAGAGGCUUUUUCUCUCGGAAGUUGGGUGGGUCGAAGAGUGUAGGCCGGAAUCAGGUGCCGGCUGAUGUCAAGGGAGGUGGAGGGGGAGGAGGAGGGGGAGGUGGGGGUAGUAAGCUGGCCACGUUGCAAAGAUAUGGAAGCCAAUUACUAGGCAUGGCUCGCCAUUCCGCGUCCGCAUCUGUCAACUCCUCACAUGCAGUCGGCUCCAUGUCCAGCCGAUCUGACAAGUCGGUAUCUGUCAGCCAAAGCAACUCUGCUGGAGCAGUUCUCUCCCGCUCUGGCUCCGUGGCUGAGUCUGCCUCUCCACCCGCCUCUCCUCACCAGCUAGCUGAGAUUGGCAGAAGGGGCACUUACCCGGCUACCCAGAGUCAUAUCGCUAGUGGUGGUGUUGCUGCUGCUGCUGGUAGCGGCAGGUACUAUGAGGACUAUGGGGACAGUAGCCGAGGGAUGGGUGGGGAAGGUAGAGGUGGUGGCGGCGGUGGUGGUGGUGGGGUGAUGCGCGGUGGGAUGAUGGGUGGAGGCGGCCAAUAUGCUGUGGAGCCUCCGGGGUUUCGGGUUUACUGAAUGGGAAGAAGCGGUUUUACCCCACAUGCAGGAGGCGUUUUUCCUGGCGGAAAGAUGAAUAUGUGCAUCGUCACCACGCCUCGCAGAUCUACCUAGGCUGCUCAAGGCAGCUCUGUUACGAGGUCUUGUGUUUCCUCACUGCUAACCUCGACAAGCCAGAUGUGGUUACUAACCCUCCACUCCACAUGGAGCAUGGUGCACGACAUAGUGCAGCAUGCAGCGCUGCAAUUUUUUAAUUUUUUAUUUUCACCGUGGGGUCAUAGACUUCCACCUCUUUCGGUUUGGAAGCUAGCUUGCGUGCAUUGUAUUUUGUGUAAGUUUAGGAAAUAAGGGAGUGUCAUUUGUAAGGAAAUUAUAUUAUAUGUACAACAUAUGGAUACGGUG